ACGAUGUUUUCUGCCCUGAAUCACACAUUUCCCUAAACUGCGCCCCAGAGGAAACUCGCAGUCAAGCGAAAAUGCGCAGCGUGUGUGAGCCGAACCCGUGCGUGCCGGGGGAGACGGGAAUGGCCUGCUGCGGGUCCAUGGCGUUCACGGCGCCCGCGGCGGCGCCCGCCGGCUCCCAGUACUGCGUCUGCAAGGUGGAGCUGUCCGUCUGCGCCCAGAGCCUGCUGGACAGGGACGUCACCUCCAAAUCCGACCCCUUCUGCGUGCUCUUCAUGGAGGUCAGCGGCAAGUGGGUGGAGCUGGACAGGACAGAGACAGCUGUGAACAACCUCAACCCAGCUUUUGCCAAGAAGUUCAUCAUUGACUACCACUUUGAAGAAGUGCAGAAGCUCAAGUUUGCCCUGUUUGACCAGGACAAGUCGAGCACACAGCUGUAUGAGCAUGAUUUCCUGGGCGAGUUCUCCUGCACACUGGGCACGAUUGUCUCCAGCAAAAAAAUCACACGGACUCUCCUGCUGGGGAAUGGCAAACCAGCUGGGAAGGGGAUGAUAACGAUAGCUGCCCAGGAGCUCUCAGAUAACAGGGUGAUUACUCUCAGCAUGGCUGGCAGAAAACUGGAUAAAAAGGACCUUUUUGGGAAGUCUGACCCCUUCUUGGAGUUUUAUAAACCAGGUGACGAUGGGAAGUGGAUGCUGGUUCACAGAACAGAGGUGAUCAAAUACACACUGGAUCCUGUCUGGAAGCCGUUCACUGUGCCUUUGGUGUCACUGUGUGAUGGAGAUAUGGAGAAGCUGAUAAAGGUGGUGUGUUACGACUACGACAGCGAUGGGGGGCACGACUUCAUCGGGGAGUUUCAGACCUCAGUGGCCAGGCUGUGUGAAGCCCAGGAUGCCUCUCCACUCGAGCUAGAGUGCAUUAACCCCAAAAAGCAAAAGAAGAAAAAGAAUUACAAGAACUCCGGGAUCAUCAUUGUCAAAUCCUGCAAAAUAACCAGAGAUUUCUCCUUCCUGGACUACAUCCUGGGAGGCUGCCAACUGAUGUUUACUGUUGGGAUUGACUUCACAGCUUCCAAUGGGAACCCCCAGGAACCCUCCUCUUUGCACUACAUCAACCCCUUGGGGACAAACGAGUACUUGUCAGCCAUCUGGGCUGUUGGCCAGAUCAUCCAGGACUAUGACUCGGACAAGAUGUUUCCUGCUCUGGGAUUCGGUGCCCAGCUCCCGCCAGACUGGAAGGUAUCCCAUGAGUUUGCCAUUAACUUCAAUCCCAGGAAUCCAUUCUGUUCAGGUGUGGAGGGCAUUGUCCAAGCAUACUCUGCCUGCCUGCCCCACAUCCGCUUCUACGGACCCACUAACUUCUCCCCCAUCAUCAACCACGUGGCUCGUUUUGCAGCUCAAGCCACCCAGCAGGAAACUGCAUCGCAAUACUUCAUCCUCCUCAUCAUCACGGACGGGGUGAUCAGCGACAUGGACGAGACGAGGCACGCCGUGGUGCAGGCGUCCAAGCUGCCCAUGUCCAUCAUCAUCGUGGGCGUGGGCAAUGCUGACUUUGCUGCCAUGGAGUUCCUGGACGGGGACAGCCGGGUGCUGCACUCCUACACGGGCGAGGAGGCCGUGCGCGACAUCGUCCAGUUCGUGCCCUUCCGCAACUUCCGCAACGUCCCCAAGGAGACCCUGGCCAAAGCUGUGCUGGCAGAGCUGCCCCAGCAAGUCGUGCAGUACUUCAAGCACCAAAACUUGCCACCCAUCAACUCGGAGCCUGCGUAGAGCCGUGCCAGGCUGCACCCUCUGCAUGUUGCCGAAGCCUGUUGGUCCUGCCAAAAGCACGUUCCACAUGCUUUUAAAGAGAAUACCCUCCCUGAAACACUUUGUACUUCUUAAUUUAAUUGCUAAGUUCUUAAGACUCAUCCCAGCAAAGUGUCUGGAUUCAUUUUGUACAGUCUUGGCCCAAGGUAACACUAAGCAGCCAGGCCAUGCCUUGGUACUGCUCCGUUGAGUCACUUUUCAGUAUUGAAUGUACUUUGUAUAAUUUCAGUGGUACAGGAUACAAUUUUUAUGAUCAAAAGUUGCUUUUUCAAAGCAAUGAAAUGCUUAAUAUAUUAUUCUCAUUCAAUGAACUGGUCGUUGUAUAGUUUGUGUAUUUGUGUCGUACCUGUACACCUGUCAGGUUCUGUGUUCAUUUUUAUACUGUGUACAUGUUAUAUUUGUUAUACUCAGGUUAAUAAAGAAACUUGGACAUUUAAAACAAGAGUCUUCUAGAUAGGA